CCUGCCCUGCCCAAACCAGCCCCGGUAAACGUUAACAGGCCGCGGGGAGGCGGGAGGCGUCCGGGUGAUUCAUCCACGAGGCAUUUAAUCGCCUCCUUCAGCCCAGCUCCCGUCCCUCGUCCGUCCGUCCGUCCGUGCGCCCCUUCCUUGCAGCGGGGCUCGCUUUAAUUCUCCACCAGCCGAUUAUCCGCUUGACUGCCCGCCGCCGGAGAGGCACCGGAUCCCGGCGGCAGCGGGAGGGCGACGGCACGGGGCUGCCACCGAGCCGUGCAGCCGGGCGAGCAGGGCUUCCCCUCCCUUUCCCGGCAAAGCGGGGUGCAUUCCCGCCCCGCCGGGAUUAGUCCUGGCAUAAAUAGUCUUCUUGGCUAAUGGAGCGUCUUCCUCGGCUGGGUUUAGAUUCCCGGGCUGUGUGUACGCAUGCCUUCAGCCCGCAAAAGUCCCCGACAUAAACAAGGCUGAGGCCGAGGGAUGCCGGGGGGACGCGGGAGGACCGGCGCAGAUCUCCGGCCUCGCCACCCGCAGCCGCUCUGCUGGAACAUCGCGGCUCUCUCACGUCCGGUGAAGGACGGGAGGAGAGGAACAGCCCUUGGGGAAUAGCGAGUCCGGAGCUGCCGGGGCUGGAACGAGGAAGCGGCAGAGGAAAAGGCAGCGAGCAGCCAAGGGAGCAGAUGGGGGAUUGCAACAGAGCGGUGGAGCGGCGGGAUCAGGCGCGGGUCACACUCGUCCCUGUCCCGCCUGGAGCUUGUUCCCAAACCCUCCGGACCCCGCGCGUCAAGGAGGAAAGGAAGCAGGAGAACGGGGGGAUGCAGCACAGGGGCCACGGGGGCAGAUUUUAUCCACUCGCUGGGCAUAUCCCCCCUAGGAAGCAUCCCUGGGGUCCCCUCCCCAUGGCACUGUUCUCCCGGGAUGAGUGAUCUGGCAUGGGAUGGGGACGAGGGCCACGAGCCGGGCUCUCCUCAGCCACUCCGCUACCAAAUAAGGCCUCCGCCGAGCCUUUUACAUGCCGUUCUCGCCGGCCCAAGUGACGUGACCGCCUUCCCAAAUUGUUCCGGCUCCUCCGUGGGGAAGCCCCUGGCCCGCAGCUCCCCUGCACGGGGGGGUCCUGCCCGGGGGGACAGGCGAGAGCGGCGGGGAAGCCACCGGGUGCCGGGAGCAGGCGGCGUGAGGGGGGGGCUUUUCCCACCUGGCAGCACCCUGAGUGACCUCGCCGGGACGGGGGCUGCCUCUCCUUCUCUUCGGAGGGAACAGGAGACGGGAAGGCAAGCCCUGCGAGGGGGGAGGCGAGGCACAGUAGCUGGGCAACCCCUUUCCCUGCGCUUGAGCAAACAGCACCGGCUCCUCCAGCCUGGGCUGGAACAAGUCCUGCAGGGAAAAUACCUGCCUGGCACCGGAGCAGCGCGGCUUUGCCGGCAGGAGCGGGCAUCGCCCACCUCGUGUGGCCCUGGCACCUGCCGGCCGUCCCCUCCGGGUGUUCCCCAUGUCCGGCAUCACCGCGUCAGGGGGUCCCCAAGGAUCAGCAGCGCCCUCCGCAUGGAGCCGAGCGAGGGCUGCCCUUUGCCGGCACGGCACAGGCCUUUUCCUCGUGCUUUUGGAAAAGGCAACAGGCCUCCGUGGGUGUCACCCACUGCCGUGCCCAACAGAGCCGCAGCAUCAUCUCCCACACACCCCGCAAGGCCACCCCCAGGGGGAAAAACUCCCCGUUUUUAAGGAAACUUUGGGAAGUUUGAAGCCAGAGCCGCCUCUGGAAUAAGCAAAUGAAGGCAGGCGGCAGCGGGCGGCGGAACUGAGGUGAUUGUUCCCAGCGCUGGCCACCAAGCAGGGAGCCCAGCAGGGAGCUGCUGGAGCAGCCCAGCCGGUGGAGGGUAAGGGAGGAGGAGGCGAUCGCAGAUCGGAAUCUUCCCGCUCUCACCCUCACAAAGUCCAAAUUCCCAUCUCAAGGUCACGGGCAAAACCAGGAACUUUGCGGCUGGAAUGAAGAAAACCAGCUCUCACCGUGGCGGGGUGUGGGGUCGGUCUCCCGUGGGGAUGGGAGCGUUUCCGACAUUUUUGGGGCAUCUGUGCAAAAAGCUCUGGCUGGACAGCGGGUGGGACAAUGCUCACAACCCUUAUUUGGACUCAGCUUUGGGGAAGAGCUGCAGCUCCCCAGCAGCGCUGGAACCCAGGUUGGAAUCGCAAACUGGAAAAAGGAGAGGAAUUUUUGCUGCAUCCAUCUCCAUCUGUGCUGGGACACAACGCUGGACUGUGUCAUACAGCGAUGGAAGGGGAAGUUGUGUACCGCCGGGGACCCUGGCGGGACGGCUGGGAAGCGUGGCGAGUCCCGAGGCUCCAGUAGAACGAGUGGACAAGGCUCAGCUCCGCUCUGGCUCCUCCGGGAGAGAACCCGAGCAGGAGCAGCCUUCGGGGGAAGGGGCGGAGUGUGGCACCGGGUCCGUGGAGCCUUUCCCAGCCCGGCGCCCGCCUGGAUCCGGGAUGCGGGGCCGGGACCCCCGAGGAGCGCGGGGUCACACCGCCCUCUGCCGGCGCGACGGGACGGGUGGCACCGGGGCUGUCCCCGCCGCGACAGCGCUCGUGUGACCCGAGCACCGCACCCCGCACACUCAAAGGGCUGCGGUUCCCUCGGGCAGCGGAGCAGGAGAUAUUUUAUUCCCGAAACGGAGCACGAACAAUAGAGCUAACGAGUGAGAGGCAACAGACUCGAAGCAGGUCCGAGAUUCCCGGCGGAAGAUAAAUAAAUGACACAAACAAGGAAGGAAUGGUGUGAUGGAAGGAAGGACGUGGAGACCGGACUCCUCACGGAGUGUGUAGCGCUUCCCAGGACCAAGCACUGGAAGCAUGAGGUG